UUUGCGUUGAGGCCGUUGUUGAUACCUCUGUUUUUUAUACCCUUGAAAUACGAUAAUUCUAAAAUUAUCCCAGGCGCUUGCAAAACAUUGGAAUAGCCGCGGUUGGAGCGCGCGCACGCGUAUUACUGUUGUUUUUUUUUUUGUUUGUUGCGUUGUACGGGUUGCUUUUUUUUUGUUGUUAAGUGGUUUUAACAAUUGUUGUGUUUUUGUUGGCGUAUUUGUUGCGCCUGCCUGUUUGGUUUAUGGACAUCCGACACUUCUGGGACGUUCUUUUAAUACAUUUUAAUGUGAAAAAAAUGUGUUGAUGCAGCAGCAUCUGUUGUGCCCGCGACUGUGUCCUGUGCAUGUGUGUGUUGUUUGUGUAUGCUGGCAUUCCAGGGCAGUGUCUGUGUGAGUGUGUUUUACACUGAAGCACUGCUUUUUCGAGGUGCUGCAACUAAAAACCAAAUCAAAAGUUAACCCAAGCGACGAUGUGAUGCGCGACAGUGAUAAACGACACAAAACAAAAGCAGCAAGAGAGCGAAACAGCAACAGCAACGACUAUUGCAACCACAAAACAGAGAUAUCAAAGAAGAGAAAGAAAUAAGAAAAAAAAGCGUUGGCUGCAAACGCGGAAAUGCACUUGAGCGCAUAAUUUUUAUAAACCAAGCGACAAAACAACACCAACCAACAAACAAAAACAAAAGAAGCAGAAUAAGAAGAAGAAGCAGCAACAGAGCAAGAAAUUGCUUGUCAGCAAAUUGCAGACGAAAAAGGAGAAGAAGAGAAGAUACCUGCACAUCAACGAACGGACGCUCUGCUCCCUCUCUUCUUUCUUUCUGUCUCCUUUUUGUGCGCGUGUGUGUGAGUGUUGUAUGUGCGUGUGUGUGUGUGAGCAAUGAUCAGCGAGGCGCCUGUGCACAGCAGCAGCAGCAGCAGAGACCAUUGAAAACAACGGGCGCACACACCAAAAUGUUUCAGGCGGCCACCGCCAGUGACGCUAGCAUUACAACAACAACAAACACAGAACAAAGAAGCGACGCCGCAAACGUAACAGUAACAGCAACAGCAACGCCAGAGGAAAAAACGCAACGCCGUCGUUCCACGUUCUAUGUCCCAUUAGUGAUCGAAGACGAAGAAGAGGACAAAGCGGAGGAGGAUAAACAGAAGCAAAAGGAGAAGGAAUCCUCGCCCUACGGUGGCAGCAGCUGCAGCAGCAGUUCCAGCCUGAGUAGCAGCAGCAAUAACAACAACAACAACACACCCGAACAUACCACACAUCCCCCCCAAAAACAGUCCUCUUCAUCGAAAGGCUUUGGGUUGAGGAAGUCGGGCUCCGUUAAGAGCGGAGUGGCCAAGGUGAGUGCGCUCUUUGAGCGCAGCAGCCACAGAAGUGGUAGCCAGAGCGGAGGGAAGGUCAACAAAAUGUCACCGCCGUGCGGCUUCAACUGGAGCAUCAGCGGCAGUGAGAAUGCCGCCCAGUAUUCCGACUCGGACGAGGAUGAGGAGAAUUCGGUGGAGGCGAUGCAUCGCGAACAGUUGCUCAAAUCGCUGCCAUCGGCCGCGGCAUCUUCCACGGCCUCACCUUCGAAACUGAAGCGAUAUGGGAUCGUGUUGAACGUGAUCAGCCUCAAUGGCAGCAGUGACUGCGAUUCGGAAGGAGGUGCUCCCGGGGGGUGCACUCAAACUGCCGCUGCCGCCGCCGCCACCGCCACUCUCAGAAGUCACUCUAAUGAGGAUCAGGACAUUGCGAUGGCAAAUCCGACACCGCCCAAGCAGCAGGCUCUCUCCCUGUCCCCAGCGCAUUCGCGUCAAUCGUCGUCCGGCGUAUCAUCAGUAAACCAAGGGGUUGCUGGUGGUGACGACGACGAUGACUCAGAGAUAAGUCGCAUGCAGACGAACACCUCAACGCCCAUCAAGCUGAUGAAGUCGCGAUCGCGCACGAACAUACUCGCCGUACCGCUGCCCACUGUGGAGAGAGGGCUCGCAACAGCAACAUCAACGGCAACGGGAACAGCAGCUGCGAGUGCGAGUGCGACUGCGUCAUCACCUUGCGGCAGCAGUAAUUCCACGACAACGACAACCACAACGCUGAUUACGCUCCGAGCCAAAUCGAAGACCCUACCCCAGAACCUAUCCCCGUCAGUAGCACUCCGCGAGGCAUCCGCUCUACACCAGUCGCCGUAUCCGCAUCCACACUCGCAGCAGCACAACCUGCCCAAACAGCGGCAACUGUUCGGUGGGAGUACGGCCAGCCAUUUGCCAGAGCAAAGUGGUGGUUCCUCCUCGCCCUACAAGCUUCAGGGCAGCUCGUCGGCCACAUCGAUAAUCACGCACAGUUUCCCCCCGAAGAACCUCUUUCUGCUCAAGUCGACGCCCAAGCUGACGGCCGCGGAUGCAACUGCCGGUGGCACGUGUCCACCGCCGGUGCACACAUCAGCGAUCUGCUCGCCGCCCAAGAAAUCGCUCAGCUUCAUUCGACGCGCCCACUCCACGAAGGUGUCGCGCAGCAAUUCCCUGCUAAAGACCAUCGGUGGCGGAGUGGGAUCGGGACUGGCAGGCGGAGAAGGGACGUCUGCCCACCAAAGUAGUCUGUUGAUGAUGCACUCGAGCAGUCAGUAUUCGCAGCAGCUGUCGGCGUCGUCCAGCUGUGCUGGCGACAGUGGCAUCGGCACCGGCAGCUGGGGCAAGCACUUUUAUCUGCCCUACGAUGUCUGCCCCCUGGGUCUAGACGAGCUGAACAGCUACUUUCAAACGGAUCACUGCGAGGAGCUCAUCUGUGAGCGUUUCAAGAUCAAGGAUCUGGUGAUGCAUGCCACAGCCUCCUCGGCCACCGAAGCCGGCGUAGGAUGCAACACAACAACAGCAACAGUGGAUGAGGAGGAUACGACAGUGACAGCGGACGAUGAUGCGGGACAUCAUUCUGAUACUUCCUACGAGAAGGCCUGUCGUCGGGGAUCAGCGCCCACAACGCCCAUUUUGGGCAGCAAACAGCAUCAGCAGCAGGAGCACAAUGCCACAUCGCGUUUUACAAAUUUCUUUACCAAAAAAUCCAAUCCCUUGAAGCGUACCAAAUCGGUGACCAAAUUGGAGCGGACGAAGCGCGGAUCGGGCGGCUUGAGAGGCUCUCGUUCGCAUGAGAGUCUGCUGUCGAGUCAUGCGGUUAUGUCCACGAUUGAUCUCUCCUGCACUGGGGCCGUGGGUGUGGCACCCGUCCAUCAAUCGGUGCUGGGCCGCAGGCAUUGCUUUCAGGUGCGCGGUGGACCACGCGGCGAGCGCUACUACUCGUGCGGCUCACGGCAGGAGCGUGAUCUGUGGAUAUAUUCGCUGCGCAAGUCGAUAGCACCGAAUGCCGAGCACACGCGUCGCACCGACAACUCCCUGAAGAUGUGGGUGUACGAGGCCAAGAAUCUGCCGGCCAAGAAGAAGUACUUCUGUGAGCUGCAGCUGGACAAGACACUGUAUGGUCGGACGAGCGUUAAGCUGCAGACGGAUCUGCUGUUUUGGGGCGAGCAUUUCGACUUCCCGGACAUACCGGAGAUCAAUGUGAUCACCGUGAAUGUGUUCCGCGAGGUGGACAAAAAGAAGAAGCGGGACAAGUAUCAGUUCGUUGGCUCCGUGAAGAUACCCGUGCAUGAGGUAAGCUCGCGGCUGCCCUGCGAGCACUGGUACCCGAUACUCAGCGAGAAGGCCGGCGACAGCCUCGGCCGACACUCGGGCAAUGGCAAGGAGAGCAACGGCAGCAGCGGCAAGGAUCGCGAGAAGGAGCAGGUGCCAACGCUGCGCAUCAAGUGCCGCCUGCAGAGCACCGACAUCCUGCCCAUUAACAUUUAUGGCAACUUUCUGGCCUAUCUCAAGGAUAAUUACAAGCGCGUGUGCGAGACGCUCGAGCCGGUGAUUGGUGUCAAGGCCAAGGAGGACAUUGGCCAGGCCUUGGUGCUGCUGAUGCACGCCCAGGGGCUGGCCGGUGCCUUUCUCACCGAUGUGGUGGCCCUCGAUCUGCUGCGCGUCGGUGAUCAGCGGCUCACGUUCCGUGGCAAUUCGCUGGCCACCAAGAGCAUGGAGGCAUUCCUGAAGCUAACCGGCGAACAGUAUCUGCAGGACACCCUCUCGGCGCCCAUUAACGAGCUUAUCCACUCGGAGCGUGACUGCGAGGUGGAUCCCACAAAGGCGAGCGGCUCCUCGGCGGGCUCCCUGCAGCGUCAGCAGGCGGCGCUGCGUGCCGCUGUCCGCAAUGCCUGGCAAUGCAUCUACGAGUCGCACAAGCAUUUCCCCGCCCAGCUGCGCAAUUGCUUUGCCACGUUCCGUGAGCGCCUGCAGCAGCUGGGGCGCCAGGAUAUGGCCGAUAAUUUGAUCUCGGCCAGCAUUUUCCUGCGCUUCCUGUGCCCGGCCAUACUGUCGCCGUCGCUGUUUAAUAUCACCAGCGAAUUGCCGUCGGCCCGGGCCACCCGCAACCUCACGCUGGUCGCCAAGACGCUCCAGACGCUGGCCAACUUCACGCGCUUCCAGGGCAAGGAGAACUUUAUGGAGUUCCUGAACGAUUUCCUCGAGCAGGAGGCCGAUCGCAUGCAGCAGUUCCUGGAGAUAAUAUCCACGCGGCCGGAGCACCCGACCCCAGACUCGAUACUCGACUGGGCGGGCUACAUUGAUCAGGGCAAGCAGCUGUCGAUUCUGCACAGCUUGCUCAGCGAGAGCCUGGCCAAGCUGCCGGAGGCGCGACAGCACGAGCUGGAUCCCCUGCAGCACAUCCUCGAUGACAUAACCAAAGCCCGCGAGCAGGGAAGCCUCGGCAUGGCGCUGCCAGGCGGAUAUUUGCCCACGUCCACGCAUUCGAUAGCCACCAGCGAGAAUCAGGAGAAUCGACAGCCCAGCAGCGCUGGCAUGGGCAUGGGCAUGGGCAUGGCUGCCUCCUCCUCCUCGUCGGCUGGUGGGGGUCUGGCCGAGCUGCUGCCACAGCAGACACAGCUGGCACAGCCGCAGCAUGCGAUUGUGAGCAAGCCGCUGUCCGCGGAGCGUGGCAUCAUGCGGGGUGUCCUCACACCCAAUUCCCUGGAGAAGAAUAUCUUUCGGUAUAACGAUCCCACGGUCAAUGGAAUACUUCUCCAGCAGCAGCAGCAGCAGCAGCAACAGCAGCAACAGCAGCAGCAGCAGCAUCCGAUGCAGUUGCACUCCAAUUCGCAGAGCUCCAUUGCUGGCGUGGGUGCGGGACAGCAGCAGCAGCAGUAUGGAGGAGGCUUGCAGCAUGCCCAGUCGCAAAGUUCGAUGGCAUCUUCAUCGUUGAAUGGCAGCAGCAGCAAUCUGUUGCAUUCGCACACGCAGCAACAGCAGCAGCAGCAGCAGCAGCUCCACUCGCAUCACCAGUCGCAGCAUUUGCACUGUCCGCCCGGACCGCAGACGAGUGCUUCGAGCACAAUGGAGCGCAUGGAUCGGAUGGAACGUCUGGGGCAGUCGUAUCAGUAUGUGGUCAAUGGCUCGGGGCACAUCCAUGGCCAUGGACAUGGCCACCAGAAUGGCAACGAGUACGAGAGCGGCCACAGUCAGAGUCCCUCCUCAUCCACCAGCAGAUCCAGGACACUGCCACGCAAUGGCAAUGGCAAUGGAAGUCCCGGCAAUGCCAAUCCCAAUCCCAAUCCCAAUCCGAUUAACAAUAACAACAAUCAGGGCAGCUAUGAUGACAUGCAUGACAGGGAGUUCCAGAUACAAAUCUCUGGCCUCGACACAAGCAGCGCUUUUGUCCGCAAGUCACCCACGCCCAUGAUGAAGUCCACCAGCGGUGGCGGCUUGGGUGGCGUCUCAGCGGGCCGUAUGCAUCAGCAUAAACUGAAUCUGGGCAUACCGGAUCACUCCGGAGGAGCGGCAACGGGAGCGGGCUACCCGCGACAGCAGCAGCAGCAGCAGCACCAGUCGAACCUGCAUCCCAAUUCGAAUAUGCCCAAGAAUCUGGAGGAUCUUGACGAUCUCUUCAAGUAUGCGGAGGAGCAUGAUGUGGCGGAGCAUCAUCAGCUGCAGCAUCAGCAUAACCAGCAGGGUGGACACCUAAAGCAGAUGCCCACAGGCACAGCAGGAGCAGCAGCAGCAGCAGCAGCAGCAUCAGCUCCGCCGGGCAGCAGCUCUGCCCUCAAGGAGCAACUGUCGGCCAAGAGCAGUCACUGCAGCUCUGGCUAUCAGAGCAUCUCCACGAAUCCCUCGCCCUCGCAGUCCUCCAGUCCCGUGGAGAGCCAGUUGAAGGCCGCAAUGAAUCAUUCGCAUCACAAUGCGCCGCUGGCCUUCAAGAAUCCCUCGUAUCAGCUGCAGAACGGUCCACAGCCCAGAGGAGGAGGAGGAGCAGCCAGCACUGCAGCCACAGCAACUCCUCAACAGCAGCAGCAGCAGCAGUUUGGGCAGCGCCUGAAGAAGCCUCUCGGUGCUGGGGUGGUGGCCGCACGUGCCGCGUUCCUCAACAGCGGCGGUGCCUUGGACCCGGCCACCCUGACGCCCAGCUCCUCGGACGAGCAGCUAUCGGCGGAGAAUUACUACAGCUAUGCGGCGGCUGCGGCGGCCGGCGCAGGUGUCGGCUCAACCAAAAUGGAAGCGCAGCGUUCCCUUAGCGGCGGCAGCAGCUCCUCGACCUCGGCCUCCGUCUCGAAUCUGGGUGGCAAGGGCUCAGCCUCAGCGUACGGACGACUCAACGGUGGUGGGGGGCCACUGAAGCGCGAGGAUGUUUACGGCAGUGCUGGAGGCAUGAGCAUGGGCUAUGCCAUGUCCACGCCGGGACACCAUCAGCAUCCCCAAGCGCAUCACCACCAACAGCUCGUACAGCAGCAGCACCAGCAGCACCAGUUGCAGGAGCAGAUGAAGCAACAGUAUCCGGGCAGCACGGCUGGCAGUGUGGGCUCCUCAACGUCGGCGGCCCAGCGGCGUCUCAGCUUGGAUUCAGCGCGCACGCUCUCUGACAGCAGCACGGACACGGAGGGUCACUGCAGUCAAUUGCAGGAGGGAAAGCGACGGCGUCAGUUGCGUAGCAGCGGCGGAGGAGGAGGAGGAGCCGGCAGCACCUCUGAGUCGGGUCUGGGAAAGGUUUACGAUCAGAAUGGGGAGAUUCAGUUGCUGCAGCAGACCUUGGACACGCUGCGGCACACCCUGGACAGGGACGAGGCCGAGCUGCGGGACUCCAGCGAUGAGUUGUUCCUGCAGCGGGCCGCCGGCAGCAACGGCAGCAAUGGCAGCAACAACCUAAGCCUCCAGUCAGAGUCCACCAUGCGCAGCAUCAUCGACAGGCUUAUUACCAUGGAGGAGGAGCUGCGUCGAGAGCAGCUAAAGAUGUCGCUGGCGCUGUCCCACAAGCAGCGCGUCAUCGAGGAGCAGGGGCAGCAGAUAGCGGCACUGGAUGCGGCCAAUAGUCGACUCCUGAGCGCCCUAACCGCCCUGCGACAGCGAUACGAGACACAGCAGCAAGCCCAGCAGCAGCAGCAGCAGCAGCAGCAGCACCAAACGCCACCACCAAAGAACCAGAAGCCACAGUGAAAGAGGAGGAGAACCAGGAUGGGGAAUGACGAACGCUGGGAAGAACACCGUGAAGAUACAGAUACAGAUACAGAUACAGACGGUGUGGCAACAAAAGAUACAAAGAAAGUGUCCCCUCUGGACACCACACGCCGCCACACCGUUAACGUUUUCGUCUUAAGGAUAAUUUUUGUUUAUUUUUUUUAGAAACCUUUUUUUUUUGUGUGUGUGUAUGCUACAUAAAUUAUACUACAUGUUUAAU